UGCAAGCUAGCCAAGCCCUCCCUCCAUACAUACAGAAUGAUGGCCUCAACAAACUAUCCCUCCCCUUCCCAAAUUGUGGAGUCCAAAGACACACAAGAAGUUAUAGUAGUGAUCGUACCAUUUCUUGCACAAGGCCACAUUAAUCUUCUUGCCCACAUGUCCCGCCUCGUUGCCUCCUACGACUUGCCCGUUUAUUUUCUCGGUUUGAGCAUCGACAUCGUCACAGCCAAACAACGUAUCCAAGGUUGGAACCCGACCGACUACCCGACCCUUCGGUUCCAUGAGUUCCCCCCGCCCCCGUCUUACCAAUCCAUCACCAACCCCACCCGUGAAUUCGGGUCGUACGCUGACUUGUUAGCUGACACGAUGACAGCGGCCGUGGAUUUACGCGGCCCCAUUAGAGAGCUCCUGUGGGAGCUCUCAAGCAAAUGCCGAAGGCUCGUGGUGGUUGGCGACGCCCUGAUGGCCACGGCUAUACAAGACGUCGCUUCCAUACCGAACGCUGAGGCUUACAACUUCUAUGUCGGGUCAGCCUUCCACGAUGCCUCGCUCGUCUGGGAAGUCUCCCGUAGAGUGCUUCACAUCCCGCCUUUCCUCUGGAAGCUCAUAGGGAAGCUUGUUCUCCCUUCCGGUGCAGUGAUCCCGGACGGUCUUCCGACCCCACAAAGCUGCUUCCCGGCAAAUUUCUUGAAGUUCAUCGUCGACCAACGAGCCAACCACAAGUUCUUCAAGGGUCAUCUGUUCGACGCUUGCAGAGCCAUAGAAGGCCCAUACCUCGACCUGCUCCGAAGGUGCUACAGGCUACUCAGAAGAGGAAACGUGUGGGGGAUCGGUCCUUUCAACCCAGUCGUCACCCAAUCAGUAACAAGCAAUAAUAAUUCCACAGACCGUCACAGCAGCCUUGGGUGGCUGGACAUGCAGCCACCCAAGUCUGUUAUUUUCGUCUCCUUUGGGACUCUAACCGUCCUGUCCGACGACCAGCUCCACGAGCUAGCCGCAGGGUUGGAACAGAGCGGGCAGAGGUUCAUCUGGGCGGUGAAAGAUGUGCUAAAAGGAGCGAAAGGAUGGAUAGGGCUGCCCGAAGGAUACGAGGAGAGAGUCAAAGGGAGAGGGCUCAUCCUCCGGGACUGGGUCCCGCAGCUCGAGAUCCUGGAGCAUGGGUCGACGGGCGGGUUCUUGACGCACUGCGGGUGGAACUCGUGCAUGGAGAGCAUAUGCAGGGGAGUGCCAAUGGCGACGUGGCCAAUCCAGUACGACCAGGCGAGGAACGCUGUCCUGAUGACGGAGGUGCUGAAGAUAGGGAUCGCCGUGAAAGAUUGGGAGCGGAGGGAGGAAGUGAUAACUGCGGCGGCGAUUGAAGCGGCCGUCCGGAGAUUGAUAGGGUCGGCGGAAGGAGAGGAGUUGAGAGUUAAGGCGAGAGAGAUGGGGAGAGCCGUGAAGCAGUCCGUGAUGGAGGGGGGCGUUUCUCGCGUGGAGAUGGACAGUUUUAUUGCUCAUAUUGCCAGAAAAUGUUGAGAGGGAACCGAAGGAGAGGUGCGUUGAAAUAAAUACCUCUAGUUUUCUUUUUUUCUUCUCAAAUGCAUUUCUCAUCAUUGUAAUUGAUUUAAGUUAUUUUCAUUCUAUGUGAUUAGUGAAUAAUGUGAAUCUUUAAGAAUGUCUUCUUUGAGAAAAAAUGCUUACUAGAAUAAGAAUUAAAAAAAAGAAAGAACUAAAAUAUGAUUUUAAUAUUUUUAUCUGUAAAAUAGGAUUUAUAGUUCCAAUAUAGAGUGAUACAUUGU